GCGUGUGUGUGUGUGUGUUACUUCUUUACAAAUGAAUUAUCGAUGGUGUUUAUCUUGUUCCAUAAGCCGUGUGUGCUAGCUAGGUAAUGGAGGGUGUGUAAUGUCCUUGGAUGUCAAAUAAAACCUCUGAUUGAUGACACUGCUCUCUUAUUAAAAUGCUUCUGUCUUCUUGCAGGACCCGUUUCUGUUUGAGCCCAACUGUCUGGUCAAAGUGGACGAGUUUGGCUUCUUCAUCACAUGGAAGAGCGACGGAAAGGAGGGCCAGGUUCUAGAAUGUUCUCUGAUCAACAGUAUUCGAGUCGGAGCCGUGCCAAGGGACCCUAAGAUCCUGUCUUUGUUUGAGGCAGCGGGGAAGAAGGAGGAGGAGCUGGAGGGAUGUGUCAUCUGUGUUUGCAGUGGCACCGACCUCGUCAACCUGUCCUUCAUGUACAUGGUGGCUGACAGCCCAGACACUGCUAGGAAGUGGACAGAGGGUUUGAGGUCAGUGAUCCACAACUUCAGAGCCAAUAACGUCUGUCCUAUGACCUGCCUCAAGAAACAUUGGAUGAGGAUGUGCUUUCUGACCAAUGUGAACGGCAAGAUCCCAGUGAGAACCAUCACACGGACGUUUGCAUCUGGGAAAACAGAGAAAGGAAUCUUUCAGGCUCUGAAGGAACUGGGUCUGCCUAGUGGAAAGAGCGAGGAGAUAGAAGACUCAGCCUUCCCCUUUGACAUCUUCUACGCCCUGACUCAGAAGAUCUGCCCCUCGUACUGA